AUAUCUUCGAGUCUAUUUCGAAAUUCCCGACCGUUAGCGUUGCUCGCUCCUCCUCCCUUCUCCCCUCCCCUUGCGGCAACGGCUACCAUCUUCCACGAGAGAGAGGGAGGGAUGGCGGCGGAGAGCCCCAAGUCCGCGCCUCGGCGGGCGGCGGCGGCGGCGGCCAAGAACGGCGCUGGCCUGGGCCUGCUCAGCCCCCGGUUCCUGUCGGCGGCCGAGAUGGCUGGCUGGGACGAGGAGUCCCUCCUUCUCGCGGCGCUCGUCGUCGAGGACACCCCGGUCCGCGAGUCCCGUCGCAAGAGGCGGCCUUCCCCUGCCGGCGGCAGCGCUGGAUCUAACACCAGGAAGCGAAGGUCGCGGAGGCCGCCGCCGGGCGAGAUCCCGCCGGUCAUGCUUGCGCUCGACGACGAGGAGGAGAAGCCGAACAAUCCUGCAGAUGGAAAAAAGGAGAUAGAGGAUGAGCAGAAGAAGGCUGUCGUCGUGGAGACGAAGCAGCCGUCCAGAUCCGGCAAGGAGGCCGUGCCAGCCGGAGAGCUGCCGUGUAUGGAUCGGCUACGGGAGGAGCUGUCUUGCGCAAUUUGUCUGGAGAUCUGCUUUGAGCCGAGCACCACGCCUUGUGGUCACAGCUUCUGCGUGAAAUGCUUAAAACAUGCUGCCUCUAAGUGUGGAAAGAGGUGUCCCAAAUGCCGCCAAUUAAUCAGCAACUCGAGAUCCUACACUAUCAAUACAGUACUCUGGAACACCAUCCAACUCUUGUUCCCCAGCGAAGUCGAGGCGAGGAGGAGCUCGACUGCAUCAUGCUCGGCAAGUAAAGACGAGGUGAAGAAGCAAAACCCACCAAGAAGCAACACCAACUUGGUACAAAGCGACUUGAGAAGAAGUAGGAACACCGGUGGUAGUGUCAGCUCCAUCACCACACAAGACAACACCAACACAAGGAUCAGCAGCAACGCCAGCAGGAGGAGCUUCACAACACAAGGCAUCAGAAGAAGCACCACCACCAACAACACUGGGAGCUUCGUGCCACAGGACACCAGCGGCAUCACAGGCAGAACCGGCGGCAGGAGCUUUGUCCAGGCUUCGCAGCUGGUAGCUACCAGCAGGGUGGGCUCUGCAAACCCGCCAUCAUCUGAUGAUGAUGCUGCGUUGGCAUACAGGCUGCAGCAGGAAGAGUUCGCGACGGCUUUUGAGAGCGAAGAGGGAGGAGGAGAGACGCAGCGAAGGAACGCCGUGUCCGCUGCGCGAGAUAGCUUGAGAGCCAUGGCCUCUCGGGCCGUUCGCCUUCGCGCUCGCGGCUGGCCCCUUUAGUUUUCUUCUUUUUCUUGCCUUCUUGCUUUCUGUUCAGUUCCUUGCCUGAUGCCUGAAUCUUCCUCCUCUGGUACACUGUAGCAGAAGUAUCGUGGUGAUUAAUUAAUCACUUGUAUUGUAUUUGUGUUGCCUGAAUUUUUUCCACUUUCAUGAAAGAAUAUACUUCCUGUAUGGGAUGGCCAUAAUUCAUUGCCUGCUCAGAAGUCCUAAAGAUUCACUUCUGUAAGUAAUCUGACUGAUCAAGUUAACUGAACAGUCAUGCCAUGGUCAUGGUUUGUUUAGUAUUUGUAAUGUCCAUGAGGUUGGAGUCCUAA